GAUGAAAUAGACACAGUAUCAGACCUGCAGAACCUUGGCCAGACCGCUCUAGUGUCUCUUCUGGUCAACAUCACGUAUGGAGACUACCUGCUGCUACAACACCAGGACCUGGGAAUGCAAGUGGACAUUAUCUCUCAGAUUGCAGGUAGGUGUGGUCUGGGCAUGUAG